GCAACUCCACAAAUAGGUAAUGAGUAUCAUGACAAAUCAAUAAAACAUUUCUAGAGACAAGGUUUAAUGCUUAUUUCAUGUCUCAACAAAAACUAAAGAAAACUUAGACGAGGAACAGCAACAUAAUGAUUUUCAUCAUUAUUACUUAAUGAUACUCAUUGUUUCUAGAACUAACAAAUUCUUUUAAGUCAAUCAUACUUUUUGAGGAACAUAACAAUGGUAAUCAUUUUUUUGUGUCCAUGUGACUAUUUUCAGGCUUAGAAAAUGCUUAGUCCUGCAUCUUACAGCUUGGUCCCACUAACAUUACUGUCUCUUCCAUAUUAUUCUGAUUGUAGAAUGAGAUAUCAAUCCAUCUAAAUCUACUGCCAGGGAUAAGAAAGUUAAAGUCCGGAGAAAUAAAACUUGUAGAAAAUCACAUACAUCGUGAAUGAUGUGUAGAUCAGAUAAAAUUUUUCCAAUGUCUAUCUCUUUAUUUUUUACCCUUAUCAAACAUAUAGCAAUGCCUCUUUAAAGACUGGGUACAUGACUGCGUAAUUUUCUGAGUAUUAAAAGACAAUUACAGAAGGAAAUUGUGUUCUGACUUUCAAGUAUUUUGUGGAUGUGCAGAAAAGGUAAAAUGAAUCUAUCAUUUCUUUAACCCUUUUCUCAUAAAUUUAGGUGAGAACAAAGAGGAAUGGUUAGAGAAAAUUGCUCCUCCUUGAAUGGAUUCAUUUUCUUGGGAAUUUCCAAUAACCCUGGGAUGAAAGUGAUCCUGUUCACCAUGUUUCUGGUUGUUUAUCUCAUUAACCUUUUGGGAAAUCUUGGAAUGAUCAUUUUAAUUACAAUGGAUAUCCAAUUGCACACACCAAUGUACUUUUUCCUCAGCCAUCUCUCUCUCUGUGACCUUUGUUAUUCCUCAGCAAUUGGGCCCAAGAUGCUGGUGGAUUUAUUUGCCAAAAACAAAUCAAUCUCCUUCUAUGGCUGUGCUCUGCAAUUCUUCGUCUCCUGUACCUUUGCAGAUUCUGAGUGCGUAUUGUUGGCCGUGAUGGCCUUUGACAGGUAUAAGGCCAUUAGCAACCCCUUGCUCUACACAGUCAACAUGUCCAGCAGAGUGUGCUCCCUGCUCAUGGCUGGGGUUUAUCUGGGGGGAAUGGCAGAUGCCUUGAUACACACGACAUUAACAUUCCGCUUAUGUUUCUGUGGGUCAAAUGAGAUUAAUCAUUUCUUCUGUGAUUUACCGCCACUUUUCCUCCUUUCCUGCUCUGAUACACAAGUCAAUCAGUUAGUAUUAUUCACCAUUUUUGGCUUCAUUGAACUGAGCACGAUUUCCGGGGUUCUUAUCUCUUACUGUUAUAUUAUCUUAUCAGUCUUGAAGAUCCACUCUGCUGAGGGCAGGGUCAAAGCUUUCUCCACCUGCGCCUCCCACUUAACUGCUGUGGCAAUUUUCCAGGGAACUAUGCUCUUCAUGUAUUUCAGGCCGUGUUCUUCCUACUCGCUAGAUCAAGACAAAAUGACCUCAUUGUUUUACACCCUGGUGAUUCCCAUGUUAAACCCUCUGAUUUAUAGCCUACGGAACAAGGAUGUGAAAGAGGCCCUAGAAAAAUUAAAAAAUAAAAGAUGGUUUUAA